AAGAUAUCGAAUCACAGACGGCGUUAUAAACUAUUUUAAUUGGUUCAUUUGAGGAGAUUUCUAACUGUAGAAUCUCUGAGAUGGCGCGACCAAAGUUCAAAAUGUGAGCGUGGCUGUGAUUGUUUGCGAUUUGAAUCAGUCUCAAUCGUUUCAGCAGAGAAGGUAAAUCAAUAUUCAAUACGGACUUUUUUACAGUACUAAAAUGAGUUUUUAUCUUUACUUCCAUUCGAUGAGAAAGGACGUUUCGAAUUUCAAACGUUACGAUAGGGUGUAAUCGUUCGUGUGAACUAGGAAAGAUGCGCGGUGUCCUCGUUUCUGCGCUGCUUGCUCUUACGAGCUGGAGCUCCGUUAAUGCAGACUUAGACUGGUGGCAGACCAUGGCAUUGUACCAAAUUUAUCCGAGAAGUUUCAAGGAUAGUGACGGUGAUGGAAUAGGAGAUCUAGCAGGGAUCGAGAACAAAUUGCAGCAUCUCGUUGAUACUGGUAUUGACGCGGUCUGGAUAUCACCAUUUUACGAGAGUCCCAUGGUAGAUUUCGGAUACGAUAUUUCAAAUUUCACCGCUAUUGAUCCAAUAUUCGGUACGAUGGAUGACUUCGACAAUCUGGUAGCGAUGGCUAAAUCCCUCGGGCUGAAAGUGAUCAUGGACUUAGUACCGAAUCACUCGUCGGAUGAACAUGAAUGGUUCAUUAACAGUUUGGCGAGCAUUGAUCCCUACACGGAUUACUACAUUUGGAUGAACGGUACUGAACUAGAAAACGGAACCAUUGCUCCUCCUAACAACUGGGUGAGUGGCUUUGGUGGAUACGCCUGGACGUGGAGAGACGAAAGGCAAGCCUACUACCUUCACCAGUACACUGAAGAGCAGCCUGACCUAAAUUACAGAAACGAAUACGUUGUUCAGGAGAUGAAGGAUAUCAUGGAAUUCUGGCUGGACAGGGGCAUCGAUGGUUUCAGAGUCGACUCCAUAAUGACUCUUUUCGAAGACGGAACAUUCCCGGACGAACCUCUCUCCGGGACAACUGAUGACCCGACGGAUUACGAUUACUUACUUCACUAUUAUACACUAGAUCAAAUCGAAACUUACGAGAUGGUUGCUCAGUGGCGUGAGCUUUUAGAUGACUAUGCUUUCAAGACGGACAAUGUCACGCGGAUCAUGAUGACAGAAGUUUACUCAAAUUUGUCGAUGACCCUGCUUUACUACGAUUAUGGAGCACACUUUCCGUUCAAUUUCCGAUUCAUUAGAAGUGUUGACAGCUCGUCAACAGCACAGGAGGUCAAAGAAUUAGCCAUUGACGCAUGGCUGGAUAAUCUACCCGAUAAUGCAACGGCGGACUGGGUGAUGGGAAAUCAUGACAACAGUCGAGUCGCUAGCAGAUACACUUCAGAGCAAGUUGAUGCGUUGAACAUGAUCAAUCUCCUCCUUCCUGGAGCCUCGGUAACCUAUUACGGUGAAGAAAUCGGUAUGGAGGAUCAAUGGAUAUCCUGGGAGGACACGGUGGAUCCACAGGCUUGUAACCAGGACGAGGACUCGUACGAGUCGUAUUCGCGAGACCCUGCGAGAACUCCGAUGCAGUGGGAUGCGACGACUUCAGCUGGAUUCUCGACCAAUGAGUCGACGUGGCUACCAGUAAACAGCAACUACGUCACUCUGAAUCUCGCCGCUCAAAUCGACGCUGAUGUCUCCCAUUACAAGGUGUUCCAAGACCUGACAACCCUGAGAAAAGAGACAGUCAUACAAGAAGGGACUGUCAACGUCCAGUUGUUGAGCGACAACGUCAUAUGUUUCUCCAGGGAGCUGGAAUCAUCCAGUGAAGAUGCAGUUUUUGUCCUGACCAACUUCGCAAAUAAUACGGAAACGGUUAGCUUAGAUGUUUUCGAGAAUGCUCCUGACAGUCUAGUCGUUUCCAUCGCUAGUGUUAACUCAACAUUGACUGCUGGCACUGCAGUUUCCCGCAACAGCAUUGACGUCCCUGCCUAUGCAGGACUUGUUCUUCGUGCUAGUACUGAGAGUGAUGCCAACGUCCUCAUCUCCAGUACAAAAAUCACGCUUUUCAUGGCAUUCCUUGUCUACCUUUGGAUUUGAUGAUUCUUAAACUUUUCAAUUCAAAUUAUCAUUUAUCUGGCCCUCAGGACAGGAAAAUUUGAAUAAA